GAGGUUACAGCCAGGAAUUCCGGGGAGCUUCUGAUCUCCCAUAAUAUUCCUCGUGAACCCUGUGUGUCUAGAUUCGGGGGCACUAGCUCCUACGUUUUAAGUUGUCGGUCACGCCGAGGCUGUUCUGUUCCUGCUGUUGUUGCGAUUCUCCUUUCGAGAGCUAUGGAGCCCGGCGACUUGUUGCGUUCGCUGCUGCGGGGCUGGACCCUCCCUCUUUUCUUGUUCAUGCUGGGGUUCACCCUUGUCUACCUCCCCAACUUCGAGAAUGCUAAGAUUGUGCGGCGGGAUGACGGAUGCAGCCUACUGCAUGAUACGCACUUCGUGCUCUACAGCAAGCGUGUGGUUACUCCUUCCGGUAUCGGGCCAUAUGCAGUGGAGGUGGAGGGCGAGAGGAUUGUUUCCGUGACGAAGAGAAGUGAGGCACCCAAGACCUCACCAGGGAAACCUCGUGUUCUAGACUAUGGAAACGCUGUCAUCAUGCCCGGACUUGUCGAUGCAUAUCUACGCCUUCAAAGACGGGUAGAUGGAGUACGCAUACACUGUAAUCGUGAUCUUGAGGGUGGUGUUUGGUGCAGUCAUGUACAUAUCAAUGAGCCAGGCCGAACGGAAUGGGAAGGUUUUCUUACAGGCACGAAGGCUGCUGUUGCUGGUGGUACAACUGCAAUCGUGGACAUGCCCUUGAAUGCUCAUCCUACUACCACAACAAAGCAGCACUUGGAUGAGAAGAAAGAAGCUGCCAAAGGAAAACUUUACAUAGACACUGGUUUUUGGGGAGGCUUGGUUCCAGAUAAUGCUUACAACGCCUCAAUUUUGGAGGAACUUCUUGAAGCUGGCGCACUUGGCCUUAAGUCGUUCAUGUGUCCAUCAGGAAUCGAGGACUUUCCAGCCACCACUGCACAACACAUAAAGGCUUCAUUGCCAGUGCUCGCAAAAUUUGGACGUCCUAUUCUGGUACACCAAGAAGUGACAGACCCACCUUCCCAACCGUCUAGUUUGGUGCCAGGAGAGCCACCGAGUAAUGCACGCGAUUACAUGAGAUAUCUGAACGCUAGACCUUUGACAUGGGAACGUGAAGCAGUGAGACAGUUGAUGGAGGUGGCCAAAGACACUAAACCUGGAGGAGUGGCAGAGGGAGCUCAUGUGCACGUUGUACAUCUCUCUGACGCAGAGGACUCCCUCUCUCACAUCAAAGCAGCAAAGGCGGAGGGAUCUAGUGUGACAGUGGAGACGUGUGCACAUUACCUUUCUUUUGCUGCUGAAGAUGUACCAGAGGGUGCCACUGAAUAUAAAUGUGCUCCGCCAUUGAGAGAUGCUCGUCACCGGGAACUUUUAUGGAAAGCUUUGCUGGGUGGAGAUAUUGACAUGAUCACAACAGAUCACUCACCUUCAACUCCAGACUUGAAACUUUUUGAGGAAGGUGAUUUCUUGAAGGCUUGGGGAGGUAUUUCUGGCAUUCAGUUUGCAUUGCCAGCUACAUGGACUCAUGGUUCUGCCUGGGGAAUGACCAUUCAGCAAAUGUCAAGAUGGUGGAGCACCGUGCCCGCUAAGAUGGUCAAUCUUCCACGCAAGGGAUCACUCGAGUUUGGGAAGGAUGCGGACAUUGUUGUGUGGGAUCCAGAGGAAUCGUUUGUCAUUGACAGCACGUAUCCCAUCUACUUCAAAAAUAGGCUGUCGCCUUAUAUAGGCCACAAAUACUCAGGAAAGGUGAUUACUACGUUUUCUCGAGGCCGGCAAGUAUUUGAAGAAGGUCGGCAUGCACAGAAACCUUGUGGUGCUAUGAUCAAUCCAGUGUGAUUUAUGUGUAAUGGUCAACUACUCAAACUUCCUCAGUGUAGGCUUCCCGAGAUUUCAUUCCUGUAGAGCCAGGGUUUUGAUAGUACACUGCUUAUUGUAGAGUGUCACAAAUAAUAUUGCCAACGGAGGGAAAUCCGCUUAACACAGCAGAAUUCGUGGCUUACUAAGUUUUUAUAUAUUAAUGUGAUGCCAGAGAUCUUCUUGCUAUACCACAAAGGAAUGGAAGUUUGCUAGUUAAACUAUAUAUUUUGCAUGUGUAGACCUUUUGCUUCUUGUACUUAUUAAUGUAACUGUAGGCUUGUAACUAGAUAACUAUGAACUCGUGACAAUGUACUCUGAAUUUAUUUUA